UAGCAAUAUUAUUUGUCAUAUUGUUGUUCCCAUUGAGCACACACGAGGUGAGCCGUGACCUGUGCAAGGGGUCAGAUGAUGAUACUUCUGAUUGUGCCAAUUCCCCUGAAGCUGUGUCGGCGGGCAUACGUAAGGUUACUUCACGACGAGCCGUUAAAACUAAAUUUAAAUUCCAUAAAAUCGAGCGCAUGGAUGAGGACAAUGCUGACGAUGAUAAUGAGGAUGGCAAUAAUUCAGAGAAUGUGGUAAAUGAUGAGCAAUCGGAACAGAAUGAUGAGCCAAAUUCAGCUGGGAAUGAUAAUGAUGAUGACGAGGGUGAUGGUGAUGGGGAUGGGGAUGGGGAUGAUAACGAUGACAAUGAUGACAAUGAUGAUAACGAUAACGAUAACGACACGGAAGCGGAAACCGAAGAUGGCGAUGGCGAUGGGGAAGAGGAGGAAGAGAAACCAUCACUUUUCAGUCGAAUUCUGACCAUUUUUACAAGUGAUGCCGCAAAUGAGACAGCAACAGAGCGUGCGAAAGUGAAAGAGAAAGAUAAAGCGAUAGCGAAAGAGAGUCAAUCGCAAUAUCCGAAUAUUAUUAACUGGUUCCAUUGGCUGAUCGAUCAAACUGGCGACGACGCCGUUCAAGUAGGCAAAAAAAAAGAUAAGCAGAAAUUAAUCAAAAGCGACAUUGAUUGGCUUACAUAUUUUAAACGUUGGCCGUUCAACAGCAUUUUCCCGGAGACACCGGAAAGUAAAGACCGUAACCGGGAGCGGGAGCGGACCAAGGGCAAACAGCAGCAACAACAGAAACAGGAGGCGGGGAGAGCGACAAGUGCGGCAUCAAGGCAUCAACAGUCCAAGAGCGAGGAGUACAUGGAGCUACUCAUCCACUCGCUGCCGGCGUUCAUUGGGAAUGUGGCGCAAGUGAAGAGCGGCGAGUGUCAUCAGCAAUUGGAGCUGCUGCAUCAACAGUUGAGAUCCCACAAAUUAUGGUCGUUGCAGAUGCUCGAUGCGACUGGUAAAAUCGGGGCCGGACUUUUACGUGGCAACAUUAACCAGUUUGGUGACUUUGACCAAUGCACCCAAGUGUCCACAUCCAUGAAGGCAACAAAACCGGCAAAGGCGACGCGUGUGCACGGCAAGUAUUGCCUGGCCCAGAUUGAGAUGCGUUCGACGACAAAUGAGCUUAAGGAUCCACUACACUUGCUACAUGGACGUGGCCUAUGGCACGCACACUUAAAGAACCCGAAGCACUUUGCGCCACGCUACAGCAUUGCCAACUGGGGCAUCUGUGUGCCACACGGCUGUUCCGCCCACGUGGUGCACACCAUUAUAGAAACGAGUCUGCGUCCUUAUAACGACACGGGAAUUGAGUUCCACAUCGAUGUGCGGGACGAGCACUGCACCACAAAGCGGAGAAAGAACUUUAUGAAGCUACUCUCCAAGGAUAAUAACUUGGCUAUGGGCAUUUUUGGCAUUGCCACCCUUGGAUUCGCCUGUGUCUUGUCCAUUGUCUGGGAGCAUUGGGAUUGGAUUAGCAGCAAACUAUUGCGCCUGAACAAUUUCAACAAUUCCGAGUCGACAAAGUCAGAGUCUUUGGAGACUGAUGAAGCAGACCGAACGGAGGAAGUGAAUGAGAGUGAAAUCUCUCCAACUGAAAAGGAGCAGGAGGAGAACUCUCCGGCUUUACAUUUGAGAAUCCUGAACGCAUUCUCGCCGCAUCGCACCUGGAAAUCGCUGGUGUCCCUAGAAAGUCCGGAUAUCGAGUUUCCCCUAAUUCAUUUACUCAAAAUAUUGGCCACAUUCAUGAUCUAUGUGAAUCUCAAGUUCAUCAUGGCCGGACACUUGCCCAUAACAAACCGGGAUGCAUUUGUCGGUACCGUCAAUCGCUACUGGAGCCUUGCGUACCGUGUUCCUUUGCUCUACAGCGAUUUGUUGCUCCUGCUGAGCGGUUUCCUGGUUGCCCAUAAGCUAUCUCAGGAAAUGGAGACCACUUGUCGUUUGAGUUUCCUUAAGAAUGUCGCCACCAAAGCCUGUCGUUAUGUGCCCAGCAUUCUGGCUGUACUUGGCUUUCAAACAUGGAUAUUACCCCACUUGGGCGCUGGUCCACUCUGGAAUCUUCUGGUGGGCGAGAAUGCGCGACUCUGUGAGGAGAAUAUGUGGCGUAGUGCACUGAGUGUUCAAAAUACCGCCGAUUUGGAAGAGAUGUGCUCACCACUCUCAGUACAACUUUCACUGGACGUGCAACUAUACUUUUUGGGUGCACUGGUCGUGUGGCUCUACUUCACCGAUCCGGAGGCUGGAUUUUUCCUCUGCGGCGCCUUUCAUGCCAUAUCCGUGGCGGCGCGUUAUUCGCGCACCCAACGCGAUCACCUGGCACCAUCCAUAUUCCACGGCAUUCAUGUCAGCAAAUUCUAUCGUACUGCGAAUCUGAUUUACUCAUCACCAAUCACUCGAGCCACCACAUAUCUGUUGGGCAUUGGGGCCGGAUUGUUGUUUCGGAGUGAAUCGGGAAUCUUUCGGAUUGCGCCACGUUUCAGGCGAACGGGAUGGGUCCUCGCCAUGAUGGCCAUAGUCUGGUGCUUUUGGUCACCAGCAUCGGGUAUACGGAGCAAGUACGUCUACAAAUCGAGCGAUGCCGCUGCCUACCUGGCUUGGAGUCCAUUGAUACUUGGCCUAGGCAUUGGUUGGUCCAUUCUUAUGGCUCCAUUCGAUAAAAGUAUGGUGCAACGCUUUCCAAAUGUUGCCCGAACAGUGCUUCUUCUGUCACGUAUUGAAAUACCCCUGCAAUUGGCCAGCUAUGUGGUGGUUCUAUGGAAUACAGCAAGUGUGAAGGAGCCACAUCAAUUUCUUAUGUCCGAUUUGAUUAACCUGCAGGAAGUUCUGUGUAUUGUGUUUUUCGCAAUUAUCGUAGCUUUCCUUAUUGAUUUUCCUGCCCAAGAGAUAGGACUUCUGAUACUUGAUUUCAACUUUAGUGACCCUCUGCUACCGAACAUUAAGGAUAAUCCAGCUGAAAAUCCAUCCAAUGAGGAGAGCUCUGAUCCUAAAUCUGAUUCGCCAGAACCAACUGAUUCGAUUUGGCCCUCUGAAUCGGAUCCAGAAGAUGAGAAAUCCUCCGAGUAAUGUAAUGUUUAAAUUACAAUUAUUUAAUCUUUUUAUAAUUAUUUCCAUAUUAAAGAUUGUAACGAAUUGAAAAUCGAAAUAUUGCAAAAGAGACUUUGUAUUCACAAAUUG